ACAUUUACAAAUACGUGCUCUAGAAAAAUCUGAACUUGAUUUAUUCUUAAAAGCACAAUUAAUAGCAUUUGAAAUAACAAAUAUUAAAUUAGAAGAAGCUCAAAAAGAAAAAUAUAAUUUUAGAUAUGUCUAUAAUUCAUCUUAUCCACUUUGUAAACCUGCUUUUUUAAAGCUUUAUAGUAUAAAUGAAUAUAUUCUUUCAAUAUUACAAGAUCAUUUAUAUAGUAAAGGAUUAGUAGAACGAAUUCAUGGUAAUACUAGACAUGUAGCUAAAAGAGAAAAUAAAGUAUUUCUUGAUUCAAGUGUUACUUUUUUUGUAAAAAAAUAUUUAGAACAGUAUGUGAUUACUCAUGGACUUCCAUCUCCAAUAUGUCAUAAAAAUGAAUCAGAACCUUUUAUUUACUUACCAACAGGCAAAACAUAUACUUUUGUUUAUAAUAAAUUUAAAGAACAUUUUUAUAGUGAAUAUAAAGAUACUAAAAACAUUAUAUCAUAUUUUACAUUUAGAAGGCUUUGGCACGAAAUGAUGGUACAUCUUAAGUUUCAACCACCCGCAAGUGAUUUAUGUAAAGUUUGUGAAACUUUAAAAGCCAAAUUAAUUGUAGCAAAAUCUAAU